UCCUCUAGGUUUUCACUUUUCACCUUGAGAUUGAGAAUCGAAAAUUCAACACAAAACCGAAACCCAGUAACAAAACCUUGACUCACUGAGUCACUAGCUAGCAUCAACUCACUCUCCUCUCCAACCCGAGGAAUCAUGCAUGGGUGUCAAUCAUCAUUUAGGGAUUUUGCUCAAGUUGGGUUGACUUUAAGGUAACAUUUCUCAUAUGAAGACAUUAAAGGGUAGUUUUAGGAAUUAAGGCAAGAGACCAUGUGCCUGAGCCUUAAGGGUCAAGUCAAGUGAGGCUGAAGGUGAGCAAGGCAUUACAAAGACCACGGGAGAAGAGAGAGAGCUUCAUCGCCUAUAAAUUCCUCACUUGUAUUCAAAUUAAGAUUCAUAAAAUAGAUACGUCCCCGGCAUCCCCAACUUCCCUCCCCUUAGAUCUCUUUUUUCUCUAUCAUUUCAUAUCUGCUUCUAAGUUCUAUCUAAACAACCAUGCCUGCUCAAAUGAUGUCAGAGAAACCCCUCCAAGGAAUCCAUGUCUUGGGUCGGGAAAACAGCCCCCUAUCCCCACCAAGAAGGUUGGAAGGUAAAGUUGCAAUUGUCACCGGCGGCGCCAGAGGGAUCGGAGAAGCAACCGUAAGGCUUUUUGCAAGACAUGGAGCCAAGGUUGUCAUUGCCGACGUCGAGGAUGAGAUAGGGAUUGCGCUUUCCAACUCCUUAGCCCCUUGUGUGACCUAUAUACAUUGCGAUGUUAGCCUAGAAGAAGAUGUCGAGAACCUGAUCAAUUCUACGGUUUCAUGGCAUGGCCGGCUUGAUAUUCUCUUCAACAAUGCUGGGGUCCUCGGAAACCAGUCGAAGCACAAAAGCAUCAUUGAUUUCGAUGCAGAAGAAUUCGACCGAGUGAUGCGAGUGAAUGUGAGGGGGGUUGCACUAGGCAUGAAGUACGCUGCACGCGUGAUGGUUCCCAGAGGCUCCGGUUGUAUCAUCUCUACAGCUAGCGUAGCUGGUGUCAUGGGAGGGCUCGGUCCUCACGCAUAUACAGCAUCAAAGCAUGCCAUUGUCGGUCUCACGAAGAACACAGCAUGUGAACUCGGAAGGUAUGGGAUCAGGGUGAACUGCAUUUCUCCAUUUGGUGUAGCUACCUCCAUGCUUCUUAAUGCAUGGAGGAGGUGUGACGACGAGGAGGACUGCAUGGAGAUUGGGGGCUCUUGUGAAGAAGUAGAGAAGAUGGAAGAGUUUGUUGGAAGCCUUGCCAACCUUAAGGGUCCAACCCUAAGGGCUAAAGAUAUAGCUGAGGCUGCUCUUUACCUUGCUAGUGAUGAAUCCAAGUAUGUAAGUGGUCAUAACCUUGUUGUGGAUGGAGGGGUUACAACCUCUAGGAAUUGUGUAGGCUUCUAAGAGUAAUGUUUCAUCAUCCAUUAUGCAUUC